CGCUACUUAUUGAGGUCUUUCUUCGAUCAAGUUAAUGUCAUAAAGAAGAACGUAUGGUUGGUCUGGUGUACUGUUUAAAAAGAAUUAAAUGAAAGAAAAUGUUUGAUUAGUCUUUGUGCAUCUAAAAUACAAUUAUUUAUUAUUGUAUUAUCCUAUUUGCAUACGUUUAAACAAUGGCUUUGCGUGCAUGCAUUGGCAAACAUUUGUUAAGUGGUUUAUUUAAUCGAUUAUAUAAGAUACCAAAAGCCAUUAAUGGGGUACAGGUAGCACAUAUUAGUGGAAAACUUAAUCGAAUCCAACGUAUUCGACCACCACCUUUUCCCUAUCGAAAGAAAAAAUAUACAUCCUUCCAAUUAUUAGAGCCCACUAUAGAAAGAUAUGAUGAAAACAGUAAAAUUAUUGUUGUCGAAGGGCCUAUUGCUGCUGGAAAAGAUAAAUUUGCUAGAGAAUUAGCAAAAGAGCUUGAGAUGGGAUAUAUGCCAGCUCCAUCAUUUGAUUUAAUAUAUAAAAAUGCUUACGGUUUUGAUUUAAGAUCGUAUAAUUCGCAAUUACCAAAAAGAUUAAGAUUUACCGAUGAGAAAACCUUUUUAACUGAUCCAAAACACCCUAAUAUGGGAGCAUUUCAAAUUACCUAUUAUUUAUUAAAAUUUAAUGCUUAUUUAGAAUCAUUGUUACAUUUGUUAUCAACUGGAGAAGGGGUAGUGCUUAAUCGUUGUGCAUAUUCUGAUUUUGUAUUUAUGGAAGCUAUGUACAAAUCGGGAUAUGUUAAUCGUGAAAGUCGUCGUUGUUACAAAACGGUUGUAGAGUCAACUAUUGGAUGCUGUAAGAGACCUAGUUUGGUUAUUUAUUUGGACAUUCCAGUCAAUGUUGUUAAGGAAAAAAUACAGAAAAGAGCUUUACCUUAUGAAGUAAAUUCAGAAGUUUUAACAACAAAAUAUCUUACCGACAUAGAAACUGCAUAUAAAGAAUAUUAUUUACCAGAAAUCUCUGAUCAUGCAUAUUUAUUAAUGUAUGAUUGGACAAAUGGUGGUAAUGUUGAAGAUGUAAUUGAUGAUAUAGAAAAGAUAGAAUUCGAUUCUGAUAUCAAAAAUCCAGACAAAGAAAAAGAUUGGACGUUUUUAAAUCUAAGUGAUUUGGAAGAGAAAAGACAGUUAUAUGAUCAUGUCAACAGACCUUAUAUCUUAUCAGAAUCUGCACGAUACAUGAAUGAAUUUCCCGAAAUGCUUUAUAUAGGUGAAGAUGCAGAAAGACUAUAUGAUUUAAUAAACUCGUCCCCUGGUAGUGAAUAUUCAGAAGGAUAUAAUCCUAGUAUGGGUGACAAAGUUUUAUGGAAGACCAACUUUGAAUGUGCUCCUUAUAUACCUGUUGUGAUAUCUAAUAAGGAUCUGUAAGCUGCUAAAUAAUUGUAAACAUAUAAAUGAAAAUAAUUAUUUUAAAUUUCAGAUGUACCUAUGUUAAUUUUUUGUAGUAGAAAACUGAAUUAAAUAGGUAGUGAUGUAUAAAAUGAGCUUGAAUAUGAGCUUGAAUAUGAGCUUGAAUAUGAAAAUAAAUAUCUAUAAACUUA